AUGUCUGAAGAGUUCGCUCGUCCUAAAAGGUCGGGACUGCCGUCCCAGACAUCAAACCAUCCCACGAGCAGAAAACAGCGGCUUAUGGGAUUCGCAAGGGCUACCAGGGAUACAUAUCUACCGAGAAUCACCAAUUCUGUGUCGCUGAUGACUUCCAAUAUCGGAAGCAAAUCAAUUGAGUAUGAUGAGUUUGGUAUGUUGGCUGCGUUGCCUCAAAAUACGCAGUUUACCUUGUAUCCAUCGUACACCAGAAAAGUCGGAAAUAAAUACGUAGUCAAUGUGCGUGGCUGGAUGUGGUGCCCAGGCACAAUGUCUAGAAAAAACCGUUUGGUUAUCUCGUUGGCUAAGCAAGUGACUCGCUCAAAUGACGAUACUGCUCAAGUGGCAGUUGACCGCCUUGAGCACGAUCCCAAAUUAUCGCAAGACGUUGCUGUACCGGAUCAAGAUGAUUCAGACAGCAUUUCCAUAUCAACAUCAACAUCUGGUAGCUCAUCUACAAGCGCUGCCUUUCCUAACCUGAAGGACAUGGAUGUUCGCCUACGUGGACGACUUUCUUCCUUUUUGGCUAGAUCUAUACCAAACGCUGGACUUGCAAUUGUAGUUGGUGCCGUUAGUCCUCUCAAGGAUGGUGAUCUCCGGCUGGUUUCUGUUGUUACAGACCCUAAUGGACAUUUCAAAGCUGAUAUAGAGAUUCCCUAUGAGCCCAGUGUGAUACAAGUCAAAAGUAAAUUGGAUGAAACUGUUUGUGCAUUUCAGGAAGUUAGCAUCGUCGAAACGGAAGGUUAUGGUGUCAUCAGUGAUAUUGAUGACACCGUAAAGCUCACUGGUGUUGUUGGCGAGAAAAGAGAGCUCAUGAGACGUCUUCUUUUGGGUGACAUUGAUUCUUGGGAGCUUAAGCCAGUAGUGAGUUGGUUUAAUCAGCUAUCUAAUCGUUUGAAGGCAACUUUCCAUUAUGUUUCCAAUUCUCCAUGGCAACUCUAUUCUACUAUACAAGAAUACUUUCACCAUGUGGGACUACCUUCAGGUUCGUUUCAUCUCAAGCAAUACACUGGGAACAUUAUGUCCUCCUUGAUGGAGCCAUCAAGCUCAAAGAAGCGGUCUUCUCUCUCUCGUAUACUUGAGGAUUUUCCCAAAAAACAAUUUAUAUGCGUUGGAGAUUCGGGCGAGCACGAUUUUGAAGCGUACGUCGAUCUUGCCAAGUCAUAUCAUGGCCAAGUUCGUGCUAUUUACAUACGUGCCGUCGAUGAUUCAUUGUCUGAUGUGGAUGACAACAAUAUUCUUACUGAGAUACACCGUUCAUUGAAGGUGUGGAAAUCAAAGCAGCCAUCAAAUCAUGUCGCAUCGCAAAUCGGAAAGACUAACGAUUUCAAUUUAAUAGAUCUCUCCGAUAGUUCCAUGAAGACAGCGGAGAAAGACAAGGAGGAAACCUCGAGUCAUCGACUACGUCCCAUGAUUCCUAAAAAGCCGGCUUCUCUAAAAGGAAGGGCUAUUCAUAAAGCUCCACCACUUCCCGAAAGAAGAUACCUCAGACCCAGUCAAACUGAUACGGAGAUCAUACAUAAGAAUAUUGCUACACGUCAUGGCCAAGGGCUCUACUCAGACCGAGCUCCUAGUCCUGCUUCACUGAAUGAAUCGGAUUCUGAGAGCGACCAUCUCAGCGACCGAAUUGAUGUUAUGAGUAUCCACGGUAAUAGAAGCUUUUACGAGCUAGAAGAUUACGAUAAGAAAGGAGCUCUUUGGCUACAACGACUCACAAUAGCAUUAAAAGAACUCGAUGGCAAGGGAGUCGACAUCGCAUUCUUUAAUGACAAUGACGAGGAAUUUUUCUUGGAGUCAUUGCAGUCAAUCGAGAAGCACAGUCGAUGA